CACCAAUUAAUCUUCAUCACAGAAAAAUCAAUCUUAUCACAAACAAAUCAAUUUUCUUCUCUGAAUUUGAAAAUGUCAGGUCGUGGAAAAGGUGGAAAGGGAUUAGGAAAGGGAGGAGCAAAACGACAUCGUAAGGUACUUCGCGAUAACAUUCAAGGAAUAACAAAGCCAGCGAUUCGUCGUCUUGCUCGUAGAGGUGGAGUGAAACGUAUCAGUGGUUUGAUAUAUGAAGAGACACGUGGCGUGUUGAAGAUAUUUUUGGAGAAUGUGAUUCGUGAUGCUGUUACUUAUACUGAACAUGCUAGGAGAAAGACUGUUACUGCUAUGGAUGUUGUUUAUGCUUUGAAGAGACAAGGAAGGACUCUUUAUGGAUUUGGUGGUUAGGGUUAGGGUUAGGAUUAGGGUUUCUUUUUGUUUAUGGUUGUAAUUGCUGUUUAAUUUGGGAUUAAUAUGAUAAUGUAACAAAAGAGAUUAAUUUGAUAAUGAAUUAAUGAUAAUGUUACAACCAA